ACAUUGAACAUUGAAUUGAAUAAGUGUCUGUAGUGGUAUUGGUUUGUUAUACAUUGUCUGUUAAACAGUCUUGCUUGCGAUUUAACCGGCGUUCUUUUUGCGAUUGAUUGACUGAUUGUCAUCUGAAGGCAACGUGUUUGUGUGAACUGAUUAUUAGUGAGAAACAAAAAAUCCCUCCUUACAAUUGCAAUUUGUGUUAAAUAAUGGCUGCAAUGUCCGUAAUAGGUAUUGAUUUCGGCAACGAAUCCUGUUAUAUUGCGGUAGCAAAAGCAGGUGGCAUUGAGACAAUAGCCAACGAUUACAGUCUCCGGGGUACACCAUCAUGUGUCGCCUUCUCACCGAAAAAUCGGAUAUUAGGAGUAGCCGCAAAAAACCAAAUGGUGACAAAUAUGAAGAACACAGUUUUCGGUUUCAAGAGACUCUUGGGUCGAAAAUUCUCAGACCCCCAUGUACAAAAAGAGUUAAAACAUUUCCCAUUCAAAGUUGAGCAAAGGGGAGAUGGUGGGAUUGGCAUUAGAGUUAAUUAUCUAGGGGAAGACAAUGUUUUCAGUCCAGAACAGAUUACAGCAAUGCUAUUUACAAAGUUGAAGGACAUAGCAGCAACUGCCUUACAGACACAGAUCAACGACUGUGUCAUUUCGGUACCAAGCUAUUAUACCAAUGCUGAAAGAAUGGCUUUAUUAGAUGCUGCUGGAAUAGCUGGUUUAAAUGUGUUACGUCUAAUGAACGAAACAACUGCAACUGCUCUAACAUAUGGUAUUUACAAACAAGACCUACCAGCUCCAGAAGAGAAGCCACGAAAUGUUGUUUUUGUUGAUUUUGGAUAUAGCUCACUUCAGGUGGCAGCAUGUGCAUUCAACAAAGGCAAACUUCGAGUACUGGCCACUGCUACGGAUCCCUAUUGUGGUGGACGAGACAUAGACAUGGCUUUAGCAGAAUAUUUCUGUCAAGACUUUUUGACACGGUUUAAACUCGAUCCUAAAAAAAAUCAAAGGGCUUUCCUACGUCUAUUGCAAGAAGUUGAGAAAAUUAAGAAACAGAUGUCAGCCAAUAGCACUCGCUUGCCACUCAAUAUUGAAUGUUUCAUGGAGGAGCGUGAUGUAUCAGGAGAAAUGCAACGGUCCACUAUGGAACAACUUUGCAGUGAGACUUUCACAAGAGUAGAAAGGACUCUGAGGGCUAUUUUACAUAAUGCUAAACUGAGACCAGAAGAUAUCAAUGCAGUAGAGGUUGUUGGAGGGUCGACUAGGAUUCCCGCUGUCAAGAGUUUAAUUGAGCAAGUGUUUGGAAAAAACGCCUCAACUACUCUUAAUCAGGACGAGUCUGUGGCUCGUGGCGCGGCUCUGCAGUGCGCCAUGCUGAGCCCUGCAGUACGUGUGCGAGAGUUCAGCGUGUCUGAUGUCCAGCCCUACGCUGUACGUCUUGCCUGGGACGCAGCCAGAGGCGAGGACGGUGAUAUGGAGGUGUUCCCAGCUUUCCAUGCCGCUCCAUUUUCAAAGAUGUUGACUUUCUACAGGAAGGAACCAUUCUCAGUCAGCGCCUAUUAUUCUGAUCAAGUUCCCUAUCCGGAUAAUUUCAUUGGGCAAUGGAAUAUUCGAGAUGUUCAACCGACCGCUGAGGGCGAGUCGCAGAAAGUGAAACUGAAAGUGCGCGUGAACAUCCACGGCAUUGUGACCGUCGCGUCCGCCUCGCUUGUCGAGAAGAAGCCGGACUCCUCUCAGACGGAUAACGUAGACAUGGAGAACGUUAACGAGAAGGAGAACAGAGAUCAGGAAGCACCAAUGGACACUAACGGAGCGUCACAAGAGCAACAGCAAAACGGCCCCGACAACCAAGAGGUGAGAGAAGAUAACAUGAAGGGCGAGCCGCAGGAAAAACAAUCGUGGACACAGAGAGUAGGCCAGUGGUUCAGCGGGGAAGGUAAUGAUGAUAAAAAGGAUAAGUCUAAAGACAAGUCUAAGAAGGUGCUGGUGAAGACUAUCGAGCUGCCCAUUGACGCUCGCACGCACGGCUUCUCGCAGCAGGACGUCAACGCGUACAUGGAACAAGAGGGUAAGAUGCAGGCGCAGGAUCGUCAGGAGAAGGAGCGCGCGGAUGCUCGCAAUGCGCUGGAGGAGUACGUGUACGAGCUGCGCGGCAAGCUGGGCGCUGGCGAAACUCUGCACGACUUCGUGGCGGAGGAGCAGCGCCAUCGUCUUGUCGCUCACCUUGACGCCCUCGAACAGUGGCUCUAUGAUGAAGGCGAGGAUCAGAACAGACAGGUGUACAGCGACAAGUUAUCUGAGCUGCGAACGGAGGGUGAGCCCAUUAAACAGCGGCGACUGGAGUUCGAGCUUCGCCCCGGCGCCCUCGACGACUUCGCCCUCUCCAUACAGCUCACCAAUAAGGCUGUCGAUCAGUUCAAGGCCGGUGACGCGAAGUAUGCGCACUUGAGCGAGGCUGACAUCCAGAAGGUGAUGGAGGCGAGCAAGAACGCGCUGAGCUGGGUGGAGAGCGCGCGGCAGGCGCUGGCACACACUCCUCGCCACCAGGCACCUCCUCACACCACGCACCAGAUCCGCCAGGAGCGACAGUCAUUCGAGAGCAUCGUCAACCCGAUCUUGAACAAGCCGAAGCCUAAAGAGAAGACUCCGCCACCGGCGAGCGCUGCGCCAGGUGACGCCCAGCCCGAUGGCCAGCAGCAGGCCCCGCCUCAAGCACCACCACAAUCACACGAGCAGAUGGAUGUCGAGUAGACAUCCCCCUCCCCCCCACCACCCCAUACGUACACUCACAUUACAUACACACCUAAACAUAAGACUAAAUAAUUCACAUUUAUGUUUUUAAAACUAUAUAAAUAGCUCGUUUUAUCAUAUUGACGAUGAAACUAUUAAUUUUUAUUAAUUUGCCAAGUGG